UAUUGUUCAUUUGCUAUUUGGACGAGCAGUAGAGCAAUAUCUUUAUUCACUCCUUAUUUCCUAUGGUAUCCAUUACAGGUUCAAAAUAGAAAGCGGAUGAACGAUGCAAUAAAACAGGGACUUGUAGUAAUCGAAUGUGUAAAAGGUUUAGCUAAUUAUAUUGGCUGGGAAACUGUAAAAGCAAAUAAGUAUAGGGAAAGAAAAAGAUUUUCAAGUUUGGCAAUGGAUUUGUUUUGUUCUGGCGAAAGUAGUUGUCAAAAGCUAUGUAGUAGAAUUGGCUCAUAUAUUGAAACAUGCAAUUAUUACACUAUAUCUAACAUCAAGAACCCUCUUAACAUGCAUAAAUAUAGUAUAUGGAUAACUAUUGAAGUCAUACUUUCAGAAGUAGAUACAGACCUUCCUAUGCAUAUGAUCAUUAGUGGCAAUCAUAUUUCACAAAAUAUUAUUCAAGAAAGAGCCAUAUCAUCCUGGAUUAAUCUAAGUCAAGAAGCACGAGAUUUGGCAAUUUUAAAUUAUCAAGCUAACAAAUACACAACCAAAGAAAUUAAAAUGAAGCUUCUUGCAUCUCAUAAUAGAGCUUCACAAAAUGAACUACAAAAAUUAUAUGAUAAUUAA